AUGCUAGUAUAUACUUCGCCGAUAGACCUUCAAAUAUCCUUCACAAAUCAAAACUCUACUUGGAAUAUCACAGCAUCAAAUUUGAGCCAGUUUGAUAAUCCGAAGGUAGACUUGAGUAUCCGAAAUUAUAAUGCCACAAAUGCUACAACUUUAUUCAAUAACAAUGUAUCUAUCAAGGAAACACCACUAUAUAGAAAUCCUACUAAUCAUGUUGAAAACAACCCCAAUGAUUUCGAGCUUUCCAAUCCAAGUUUAAACGUACGUACUUCAUUCCAUAACGAUCUAUCUACCAAGGAAAUACCACUAUAUAGAAAUCCUAUUAAUCAUGUUGAAAACAACCCCAAUGAUUUCGAGCUUUCCAAUCCAAGUUUAAACGUGCAUUCUUCAUUCCAUAACGAUGUAUCUACCAAGGAAAUACCACUAAAUAUAAAUUCUAUUAAUGAAGUUGAAAACAACCCCAAUGAUUUCGAGCUUUCCAAUCCAAGUUUAAACAUCCCUACAGAAUAUAGUAGUGCAGUUCCUUUAGAUGACAGUUACCUGAAUGUACCUAACCAAUUAGAUUCGGGUUUGGGGUAUUCUGGACAUAAUUAUGAUAAUGUAAAUUAUCCAGUUAAUGCAGAUUUACUUAAUGUUGAAACACAAAACGUAAGCGUGGCUAUUCAGUUCAAUAAUAACACAGUCAAUGCCGGAAAUCAAAACAUAAAUCUACCGAAUAUCAGUAAUAUUGUAACAAAUUCAUUAAAUAAUCAAAAUGCCACUACUGUAGGUAACACAAUUCAGGAAGCAACUACAACAAGUGUACCAGUAGACCAGACAAGUCUAACAUCACAAACUGUUCUAAGAAAUGAAAAUAAUACAUUACUAUUAAACAACAGAACUAUAUUUAACGAGACUAGAAAUGGGACUUUGAGAAACUUGAAUCUAAGAAAUGGUAAUAUAAUUCACUAUCACCAUCAUCAGCAUCUUCACGAUCAUGAUCAUGUUGAAAAACACAAGCAUAUUUAUGUGAAAAAUUCCAAAGUGCCUUUUGCUAAUCUGCGUAACCAAGCUCAAAGUACUUAUCCUAAUCAAAUUUUGAAGAGUUAUAAUACUGACACAAGCAACCACUAUCGCUACGAGCAGCACACUCAUUACCAGAGACAUCGUAAGAGGAAAUUUAAAAGACCGAAAAAUAGGAUCACAGGGUAUAAGAUUUACUAUACGAAAUAUAGAUAG